AUGACUCUUUGGUGGCGGGCACUCAUCCUCCUUUGCUGUGUACUGGACUGUGUGGAGUCCUCUUCUCCAUCUCCGGUCCUCCAGAGGAAUACAUACAACAACUCCUUUCGUCUCACGAGGUCCACCCGAACCCGUGUCCAGCAGCUGCAGAAGAAAUACAAGGAGCAGCAGUUGGGAAAUAAGCAUUUUGAGGACAGAAGUCGGCAGUUGAAGGACCUGCCAUUGCUUUCUACAGAUUUCUACAGCUGGAUAAAUCUGACGGAAUGGGAACGACUGCAUGCUACUUUCUGGGACAUUCAAGCCUAUUGGAAAAUGCUGGAGCAGAAGAGAAAACAGCUAGAGGAAGAGGAGAAAGAGCAGAUGAUGAAUCGGGUGUUCGGCAACACUUUACCCCAGAGCAUCAGGCACAUUCAGCUUGACCUGAGGGACCUGAUGAGCCAAGUCAGCAGUCAGAUGAGUUACAUGAAUAGCUCUUGGACAAAGCCAACCUCUCGCACACCCUUGAACCCACAAACCAGAUCCAAAACAGUAUGGGACAGCAGAGUGGAGGGUUACGUCAUUCUGAGGGAUCUAGACCUCUACCUAACCAAGCUGGCAAGAGACUUCCUCCUUCUGGCUUCAAAAACACACUUUUGACUGAAAACAAAACCCCGGCACCCUGACA